AUGAAGCUGUUGUGGGCAUUGUUGUGUCUUAUUCCGGCAACCCACGCUUCCUACAAAUUGACCGUCUACCUUCGACGUCUCGACGUCGGCCAGGGUUUCCUGGCGAACGGUACCCACUGUACCCCCACGUGGAAUAUCGGGGAUCAAUGUAAUAUUAUGCUCAAGCUAGCCGUUUGCCUUGGAACCCCGGAUGAUCUCUCGGACCCGUGCCCGGAAACUAAGCGCCAGCCGAUCGAUCUCGGCCAAGUUACGACCAACCAAAAUGCCAUCGAAUUUGCGGGUGGCGGCACGGCCUAUGGUGCCUGGAAGAACCCGGCCGACUUUGUGAAUACCGACGAUGGAGUUUUGUACGCGGGCUUUUCCCUGUACGUUGAGGCGCGCGACAAGCAGAAUGGGCUGAUCGACAGCUACUCGCAUCGUUUUGACGACGGGCUGUCGCCGAACAAUUUCGAGUACUUCUCGCAUGAGCGCGUCAACUUGGAGGCGACUUUGUUCUCGAUCGCCUGGCGAGCCAGCGGCGAUCUUCCGACCCCGCCGCCUCCUACCACCACCGAGGGCCCGACCACAACAACACAAUCUACUACUUCCGGUCCAUCCACACCGGAACCGACGACCGAAGCCCCGGUGACGGCAAAGGACUGCAGCGAGAUUGUUGGAGGCACGGACGGCCCGAAUCAGAUCCUCAUCAACAACGUCACAACAACGGUGUACUGCUCAUUUGGAUCGAACGUCGCCAUCACCCACAUUCAGGGGCGCGGCGAACUAGAUUUUACUAAAGACACCUUCGCGAAAACCUAUGACGACUACGCGAAACCGUUCGGCACGGUCGGCAAGGGCAACAACUAUUGGCUGGGUCUGGACAAUAUCAACGUGAUCACGAACAGCGGAGACUAUUCGCUGUUCAUCGAGGUUUGCUGCGGAACGAAGUCAGUCACCCAACAGAUCUACAAGAGUGCAACGGUGGGGACCAAGAACCAGCAAUACAUGCUGAACGCCAGCGCAACUAUCAACACCGGCCUGAACGUUAAUGAUGCGGGGAACGCGUACGGCCGUGAUUUGGGACGCCCCUUCCAUACCUAUGCGCAAUGGGCUCAGGAUGGCACUCAAGAUGAGGAAUAUUGCGCAGUCAUCAACUAUUCCAAAGAUGAAGUAACAGCAGGCAGCGGUGGCUGGUGGUUCGGAAAUUGUGGCGAAAACUUGAAUGGGGCCUACUAUGAACUGAAGGAUUUGAAUCCGGACACCUGUGAAAUUCCAACCGAUCUGAAGGCAAAGGGCACCGGCAUCGAGCUGAUCACGAAAGUAAACCCGACGAUAACCGAACCACUCUACGACAAGCGGAGCUACACAAGAGCCAGGAUGGGCCUCUACAAGGGUUCUGGGCAGCCACUUGGCCUCAAAGACUAUUGCCUGAACCCCCGCGAUGAGACCUCGCGUCUGAUUUUACCAUUUGCGAAUAAAUUAGAACUCGUCUAUGUGAUGCGAGGCGGGCUGAGGAUAGCGGCUCUCUUUUUAGCGAUAGCCAUCGUGCCCAGCCUCAGCUAUCAGCUGACGAUUCAGCUGCAGUCGUUGUCGCUGACCGGGAACUUGGCCGACGGCAAGCCGUGCUCUCAACUGUCGGCAUUUGGGAUAAAAUGCUAUCCGCUGGUUGCCAUCUGUGUUCAGACGGCUACGGAUGAAACUAGCGACCCGUCGACAUGCCAGGGCGAGGAUUCGGCUUGGUUCGACCUUGGGGUUACGCCGGCCACAAAUGAGAUCAAUUGGGACCCUGGAUUUAUCAAGGGGUGGUUCAACCCCCAAACGCUGAAGAUGCCCGGCAAUUUUCCGAGCAGUCCCUACUUCGUGAAGCUACGCGUACAGCAUUAUUACGGAACUACGGUCAAGCAGAUUGACAAUGCCUUGUGGAAAAUAGAUCAAUUCACACCGGAUAAGGACGGUGGGACGGUGGCUACUGUAAAAUUGAAUGAUAGACCCAAGGGUCAAAUUGAAAACUUUAUCUUCGAAUGGACGUACGAUGGAAUUAGCGGACCGACCACGGCGGCUCCUUCCACAACUUCGGCCCAGACGACGACAGGUGCACCGCAGCAGAGCUCCACACCAGCUGGCACUACUCAAACUGCAGGACCUACGCAGGGUACGGAAAGUAAGCCAACAGGAAGUCCCACCACAAAGCAAGCAAAUGACGCGACGACAUCGCCAGUAUCAGGAGGACCAACGACUUCCGGAGGUGGUGAUGGCGUUAGCAGCACUACGACAAAUGGAGCUCAAUCUAGCCCCUCUACUUCUGAUGCUAAGUCGACUGCAACAGCCUCGCCGGGGAGUACGAAAGACCCUAAUGGAGACGGCAUCUUCUUCGAA